AUGGAGCAGCAGAUCCCAUUGAGCCACGAGGCUUCCGCCGGCGACACCAACAAGCAGACCACCACUACCCUUCCCCAUGAAGUCGUCCAGUGUCUCGAGAAUGCGCGGUUUCUUCACCUCGCGACAUGUCUCGACAACGUCCCCCACGUCUCCCUCAUGAAUUACACCUACCUCGCCGAAUCUCCCUUCUCCACCUCGCCCAUAAUCAUCAUGACCACCAACCCAGCCUCCAAGAAGAUUAACAAUCUCGUCGCGAACCCCAACGUCUCCCUCUUGGGGUCUCCCACCGCCCUCCCACCGGCCGCCGCCUCUCCAACGGCUCCCCCAACCCCCACAUCCUCCCUCGCCUCCCUCCUGCUCAACCUCAACUCCUCCGCCAUGUCCUCCAUCUCCGCCACCAUCAACGGCUCCGCCCGCCUCGCCGAACGCGCCUCCGAAGAGGAGCGCUUCUACCGCGAGCAGCACCUCGAGAACAAUACCUUUGACGGCGGGGAUCCCUUCGCCGCCUCCUCCGAGCCCGCCGUACCCGCGCCGUCCGCCGUGCAGGGAGACGUGAGGGUCGUCGUGGUAGAUAUCAAGGACGUCAGGAUUAGCGAUUGGAAGGGCGGAGUGAGAGACUGGGUACUUGUCAAGGAGGAGCCGCUCGUGAACGGUGAAAGAUAG